AUCGUAGACGGUAUCGGGAGAGCUAUAUCUACAGUGACAGAUAUGCAGAGAUGGGAGGCCUUUCCGAUACUUUAGGAGGUCUCCGAGGAUAUUUAGCCAAGACUUCAGCAGACCAACGCGUCUCUGUCAUCUCCAAUACGUCAUCUAACACUACCAGUGGAAUAGUUUCUGAUCGUGUCUUGUCACUUGAUGGGAGUGAAGAUGAUCUCGACUCUGAGAUUAUGAUCAACACACCACCUGCUGCAAGUAUUGAAAGUGGAGUAGAAUCCCUCACCAGGUCUCUUUCUCGGCUAGACUCAUCCUCAAGUAGCACCCACGCUCAUACUCCGGAUUUUGAUGAAGGGAGUUUAAAUCGCCCCUCCUUCACACCGCCAGCUUCAACUCCACCAACUGGAGGACGGUUAAUUGGAUCUACAGGAAUGUCUGGAAGUGAAGCAGGUGGAGUGUCUUUAGGUCGAGCAGGUAGUGUCCAUUCCUCCUCCUCACAGCACUCUGCCUCCACGGUUCGAUCCAGAUAUUCUCUUGUCCCACAUAGGCUUCCCCCUGAACUGACACUUGGAGCUGAUCUUGCAGACCUUUCAUUGACACCUGAUCUGCCACAUCUUGCUGACUUGCCAGGAAUGGCUGCAGAAAGAUCAGGGCGGAGUGGAGAUGAAGAAAGUGAUCUGUGUACAGGCAUGUCUCACACACAACAUAAUUGCUGUUCCACAUGCUGUGAUGAUGACAAUACUUCAAUAACUUCAACUGAUGACCCUGAAGAUGAUGAAAAUGUUGAAGUGCAUUGUAAAUGUGGAUCUUGUGCAAUGUGUAUUUUACACCAGGCCUCUGCAGGUUUUUUACAUCAAAAACUAGAUAGUGAAAACUCAAGUGUAGCAGCACAGAGAGGAGAGACAGGGCCGCAUACCUAUCAUGAUUCCUUGGACUCUGCCAGUGCAUCGGGUCAUUUCUUUGGGAGCCCAACCUUUGUAAGUGAUGAUGCUUCUGUGAUGGUACAACCAGACCUUGAUGAGUCAGGUACUUCGACAUAUCAUUUUUCAGAGGAAGAUUUUAGCCAGCUGGAUAAUAAUGAUGAUUAUGUGGAGUUUUUCAAGGAUGGCUUGCGGUUUCCAGAGCAAAGUAGUAACCAACUUGAACAAAGAGAAAUAGAUGAGGAGAGAACUAUGACUCCACCGGCCAGUAUCCAUCGUGUCAGUCCACAAGGGUUGGGUGCUCAAGGGCUACUAACUCGGAGAGGUGGGGUACAGGCAGUUACUUCAACCUCAGAAGGAGGGGCUUCAACUGGAUCAGAUCAACAGGAUGAAGAAAACUUAGAUUAUUCUGUUGAGAGUGCCCAGGCAUCUUUGUUAGCAUCUUACUCUCCUGCCUUAGCAAUAUCUUUGGGAGGAUAUCAACCUCGUGCUUCAGUAUCAUCCACAUAUGAUACAGAUAGUGACUAUGUGCAGGUGUCGGGGCCUGAUGAUCGUUUCUUGUUAAUACCACCUGCUCCUGUUUCCAUGUCAACUGUCAAAACUAUCACUCCUAUAGCAAUAGCUUCCUCACGUGUUAACAUUGCUUCACCAAAUGACCCUCUUCCCAAGAAUGAUGAGCAAUGUAGUAUAAUGGCAUCCUUAUCAGCUGAUGCUGCCAUUAGUGACACAACAGUAGCCAAUUCAAGUGAAGCGCCUGCUAAAUUUAUAACGUCAAAGCCGAGGAUCACUGUGCUUAAAGCUCACACUCAGUUGGCAGCUACAGCUGCUCCAUCAUUCACAUCAGUUCCACUAAGUAGAGGUGUAGUACACACUUUACCACAAGUUCAUCCAAGACCAAAAAUGGAUACAGUUCAAUCAUUGCAACGUGGUACUGCUCAGCUGCCAGAAAUGCGACCAUUGGGCCUUCCACCUCCUUAUUCUCGUGACCAUGGCACAAACAAAAUUAAAGUGGCUGGUGUUCAAAAUGCUGCAGAAGUACCUGUUAUUAGAAAGAAUAAUUACCUUGAUGUACGUGCUUCGUCAUCCAUAAACAAAAAUAAAGCUCGUGCUCAUCCAGAACAGCAUCCCACAGUUACCCCAAGAAGCCUGUAUCUUAGACAUCAACAAAAAGCAUUGCAACAACAACAGCUCAAACAUCAACAACAGUUACAACAGUUACAACAACGAUUGAGUAGUGAAACAGUUUAUCAGCCAGCUGCUUAUGCUCAAGUUGUUGGUGUACCACUGUUGCCAUCACCUACAUACACAGGUUAUCAACAACAGCAGCAGCAACAACAACAACAACAACAACAACAACAACAUACACAAUCUGGAGGUAUUCACCAGUCAGUAUAUCAACAGCAUCAGCUCCAACAACCUCAACAUAAUUAUCUUUAUCAACCAUAUAUAAAGAAUUUCUUCCAGAACCCCCCACCUCCCUCACCACAUCAUGGUUAUGGUGUUGGUGCUGGGCCAGGAGGUAGUGGGUACCAGGUUGCUGUCGAAGCACCAUCACCCACCUACCAGUGUACCAGUGAUCCUGGUACUUAUUCUCCACACCAGCAAUCUCUGGCCACAGUAUACACUAACCAAGUCAGCUUGAGUCAGAUUGAACAGUUCAAAGCUCAGCUUUAUUCUGAUGUGGAUUAUGUUAUAUAUCCUAUGAAGGAUCCUGCACUGAGUCGACAGGAGUAUAUGGAUGCUAAAAAGGGGCAAGUUAUUGCUACUCAUGCUCAACAACAUGCCAGCAGCAGCAGCAGUAGUAGCAGUUUUGCUUACUUACCUCCACCGCCUCCAUAUCGCAGCCCAAAAAUGUCGCCUCUUUACAGAUCGACACCGAAUGUUGCAGCAACAUUAAGCAGCUGUAGUGGGAGUGGUAGUGGUGUAGUGACAGGUGGAGGUAAUGCAUCCGUUCUGUCAUCCUAUCCAUCAUAUCAGAGCCUUACCUCGCACCAGCCUGGAUCAUCUUCAGGCUAUUCCUCAAUGGCACGAGGGCGCUAUUUUUCACAGCAGUCCCUGGCAUCCUCAUCCUUGUCAUCAGCACCUUCUGGUUAUUCUGCAUCAACACAAUCUCUAACUGGAAGCUACGAACCAUACUCAGAAGUGAUGCAGCGGGCAUCUUCCAUGCUUCGUGUCCGCUCUGAUGAAUCUAUUCUUUCAUCAGCACUAGGAGAGGCGUCAGAUUCUCAUGCACCAACAGGCCAUCCUUUACCACCACCCCCACCUUACCGGCCCAAGGAAACCUUGGACAGGACUGGGAGUGAUGCAGGGCCCACCACGGGAGGUGCUGGGAGGGUUCGCAGCCGGAAGUCGGGGGGGCUCCUCAGCUUGCAGCAGUUGCGGGAGCGGAGCCAACUCUUGGAUGUGCCACUCAUCGCUGCCCUCUGCUCAGACACAACACUCAUCUCGCAUCCAAGCCGCACCCCUUCCACCGAUUCCUCUGCAACACCAAACAGCGGCACCCCCCCACCUGCCCAGUUUGACUCCACUGGCUCGUCAAGCACUCGUCCCUGGGACAUGGACUCAUCGCAGCCAUCCUCCUACGUGACUAAUAUUUUACCUCAACCAUUGAUGGAUACACAACAAACGAAAACCAAACGUAGGCAACGAGGUUUAAAAACAACACGCAGAUAUUCGUUGUCUGGUGUUUAUACUACAAAUCAGGUGCCUGUCACACACAUAAAAUCCAAAUGUAGUAGUAAGACAUUCAGUGGUGUUCAUCAACACCCAAGUAAAACUAGCCAUCAGACUCAAUUUCCUAAGGAUGUAAAUGACCCACUCAAGGCUAAAGUUUUCCCCUAGGUCAGUGUCUCUCUAGGCCACUGCUGCUUGUUCCUCAAGGCAAUAUACUAGUAACAGUUCUGUAUCUUUGGCAUUUGUGAAACUUCAGUUUCUCUCUUACCUCAUAUUUUGUAUUUCUUAUCAGUUUUAAUAAUUUUGUAGCACCUUAGUGUUUUGAACAAUGAUAAAUGUUUGUAAUACUUUGGAAAAUUAUAUAUAGUAAUAUAAAAUCAAGAUGAAAUCUUUAAGUGCUACUAAUGCAUAGGAUAAUGUAAAGAAAUUUGAAAUGUAUCACCAAGAAUUUAUGCCAAGUUUAAUUGGGAGGUUAUCUCCCAACUUAGGAGAUAAGUUAUUAGGAUUUCCACAGUCAUAAAGUGGUAAAUCUGGUAUGAGGUGCGGCAGAGUUUUUAGCUGCCUGUCAUCAUGAUCUCUAGGACGUUGGCUGGGCAGUAAUGUCCACAUUUGUCGUAAACACUAGUAAACACACUCAGGCAACCUUUUCUUUUAUUUUUGUUAUGUUUUCACAUGGAUUUAGUCAUGUGUUGUUGGCAUUCAUAAAGUUAAUAUUUUAUUAUGUGGCCUCAUUAAACCCCACCACCAUCAAAGUCAUUCUUGAGGUACUGUGUUCUAGGAUUGACAUUCAAAUUCCUAGAUAAUCAUGUGGAAAAUUUAUACAGUAUUUUUCUUUCAGGUACACUCUUCAUUAAUGCAAUAAUUAGAGAUGGUCUUUAUUACAGUAGGGUCUAUGAAGCUACAAAGAUUUAAUUUAAUUUUAGGUGUCCUUUUGUAUUUUUUUAUGAUUGAAAUGUACAGUCAGUCCUCAUUAUCCACGGGAUAAUUUUCUGAGAAAACUCUUGGUGUAUGUGAAUUUACAAAUAUUGAAUUUAACGUUAUAUGAGAUAAAUAGAAAUGCAUUCUAGAGAC